AUAUCACUUGUCCAAGAUCAUGUAGUCCAAGAUCAUUUAGUCCAAGAUAAGAAAAUAAAGAAAAGAAAAAGCUGAGAAAUUUGGUUUAAAAGACUAUUGUCAAUGAACAACAAGAUGUGUAUCAGCACAUACUGGAUUCAGAGGGUCUUAGUUCAGGAGAUAAUUUACAGCAUGUGGUGGUGAAUGUGUAAAUUGUCCUCUAUUUACCCUGCACCUUGCAUUACCCUUUCUACGAACAAAUGCACUCAUGAUAAACAAGUUUUUAUUGAUGGAGGUAUCAUAUUAUCGGGAGUUUAUCCGGAAUGUUGUCAGUAUGUUCUGUGAUAAAGUGACAUAAAAUCUUGCACGUAGGUAUGUACGUAAUAUGUUAGCUACAUGCAUACAUGUACUGUGCACAUACACAUGUGGUGAUGGAGACACUGGCCAACAAGGAGGUAGUAACCCUACACACAUUAGUAGACUUGUAACACAUUUGAUAGGGUUUAAUGUGGUAAAUGUGUAGAGAUAUGCCCUCAACAGGCAGUAUCUUAGCCCUGGGUUCACCGUUUGGAUUGCACCAAAGUCUGUUGUUAAACAUAAGAUUGUAUACUGUGAAUAGGCCAGAGACUGAUGAUGCAGUGGUAACUGAAACCUUACAUGAGGAAUAAUCAGCUCACAGCUGCCAUGAAAAACCCUAGCUGUUGAGAGCAGAAAAAAAGGAGAGAGGACUCGACCUGCAGACUGGGCCAACAACUGCUAGGCUGGGUAUGUAGUGAAGGGCUGGCACCUAGCCCCUUUGUAACAGCAACAUAAACUAUGUCAUGGCCUGAGCUGUCCUACUUAAGUGGAGAGAGGUCACACAGUUUAGAAGAUUUACUCAAGCUUACAGUUAUAGUAACUGGGUUUUGUUGGAGGGACCAUCCAAGCUGACAACCUGCAGGCCUGUCAGUGUGGCCUCCUGGCUGUGUUGCCUCUGACAUGAACUGAACUGUAAACCUAUAAGGCCGUCCAGUCUGCCUGCCUGCCUGCUCCACAGCCUAUUUCCACCCAGUGGUAAAAAGGGGAAAAAAUUACAUCAGGUCUGCGCAUGUGAACUCAGCUCUGCCUGGAAUUGGGGACAGCCCAUUUGAUAGGCCAGCGUCACCAGUAUGUGCUGCAGUUGUGCAGAAUUGCGCAAUUUCCCCAGCAGCAAGCACUUGUGGUGUGCUGGCUGGGAGAAAUAGAGUGGCUGAAGAGAGGGGCUGGCAGUGAGGCACCUGCCUAUCUCCCUCUGCUUGGACCUUCAGGGUCGGGGAAUUAUGCCUACAGAUCUUCCUCAUCGUUGUGGUAUAGUAGACACAGCCAGGAAGACUUGUGGCUGGGGAGAAGCAUGCACCCUGGGACACACAUCUCCCUUCCAUCACACACCAGCUGAACUUAUUGAGAGAUGGAGGUAAAUUCAGUAAUGGCAUCAUAUUAUAAUGUCUGCUGCUUGUCUGCGAAGGCCUUCAGCUAAUUGUAGAGCAGCCAGCCAGUCACAGCACUUCAACAACACAGGCUAGCACUCUGAACUUUUUUUUUCUCCCCCCUCGGCUGUUCUGACUCUGAGAUCCAGACGUUUAUUUGUGAGGAGAUAUCGUAGGGAGAGAAAGAGAGUAUCAGCUGAAGGUGAGGGCUGUGCGCUGCCAGCCAGGUGUCAGGGCGAAGAAGAAGUAAGGUUGUACUGCUGACUUGAACCCAAACCCCUAGCUUGGGGAGUGCAUGUAUGGAGGCCAACUUCUAACCGACAACCCUCACCCUAGUUCUGUCUCUUCUUCGCAGUCCUGAUCACUUCAUGGGCACUACAUGUAGAUCUAUCGACAGUUCAUUUUGGCCUGGGUUUUGGCUGCUGUAUUUCAGGGUUUCUUCUACAGUCUUGUGUGAGAUCGACUCUGGAUGGCGUGAAGGGUUUACAGGGUGAGCUAAAGGUUGCUCUAGCCAGACUUGAGUCAAACAGCAGACACAAAUCUCACUUCCUGUGCCCAACUCACUACAAUGGAUGCAUCAGUUUUCAUGUCUGUUAUACUUCUCACAUAAUUAAUUGUUAGUCCUCACACAUUAUUUUAUCUGUCGAGCUAGGCUGAGGCACGGUACUGAAGAAUAUUUUUUUGUCGGCGAGUUUGACUGGGCCUUGUGUAGCAGUACAUGGUUAUGCAGUGUGGAAUGCAAGGUGUAUACAAACCCAGAAGGCGUGUACUCUGACUGCUCACCUGAUGCACCUGCUAUAGUGGAUUUCUUGAAAGGGCUCGUGUUGAGUAUUGUCAUUUUUCUGAUCAGAACUACAUUGUGUCCACACUUAUCAUGGGAAAAUACUGAUGUAUUCCUGAAGUAGAGAGGUGACUAGCCCUACUGUGGGGUGACACUGAAUGACAUAGGAGACCCACACACAUUUAUGUCUGAAGUGAGGGGCGUCAUCCAGGGCUGUUCGGCCUGUACCAUCACCCCAGCCUGCCAGCAAGGGAAAAGGCAUGAAUGCAAGGCCCACAUUUAACUACAUUUUUCACUGCUUUGCUGUUCUAUCUGCCCUGAUUGUCAUGUCCAGCCAGCAUGCUAUGGGACUAAACCAAGUGUGCAGCUUUAACUACACCAAAGGGACUAAGUUCACUGCCAUGUCAGACAAAUACCCUGGUCAUGAAUGUGAAUAUAUACUCCAUGCGCCCAGUGAGAGUAACAUAGUUUUGAACUUUACUGACAUAUUUGGUUUCAAGUCAGAACAAAACAGUUCAGUUACCAACCAAGGCAAGGCAAGAGAGAGCAAUCGAGCUGCACGGCCAGCCCUGGCGAACGCCACUGCAGCAAGCACAACAACAACUACAACAGCAGGGAGCUGCCUCCCUCAGGUACAGAUAUCCAAGCUGGUCAGUGGGAGUGAAACAACAGUCUUACAAACUUUCUGUCGGGGAAGAGGAACUUUUAACACUCCCCAAGUCUUCCGCACAAACUUUAGUGUAAUUCGAGUUCUCUACAAGUGGCUGCCUGGCAGUGACAGUGGCUUCACACUGGACUUCAGCUUUCACCAGAAAAAAAAUAUAUGUAAAUUGAGCUGUGAUGGACAAGGCUGCCCUAAGGGAGCUCCGCUGAUCUGCAAAGAUGGAGUGGCUGGUUGUCAGGAUGGCUCAGAUAAAGCAAACUGCAAUACAACUGUUAGUCCCCCUGGUGCUGCAGCUCCAACAACUGAUUAUAUUCCAAUAAUUGUGAUAAUAGUUCCGGUGGUAUUUAUCUUGGGUACGUGUGUUGUGAGCUAUUACCGUGUGGCGCUGAGGGUCUGGAGGGACCACCAUUCUCGGGGCGCCCAGGGCAUGGAGCAGCACCGACAACUCCACCCACAGCCCACAGCCCCGUCUAGUGGUAGUAAUAGACAAUCAACGACAGUUUAUGUGCCUGGAUCAACGCAGGACCGACUCCAGCGGCAGUUUGCCGCAGUUAGAGAAAAGCAUCAUUUACCUUCGUCACAGAGGCGUGAGCCCAGUGUUGACCUACCACCCCACAUUUCUAUAUCAGAGGAUGGUGAGGAAGGAUUUGCUCACUAUCAACGCUUACUUCAGAGACCACUGAACCCUAGGGAUGUGGAGUCUGUGCGACCUCCGCCUAACAGGACUGUCUACGACGGCGAGAGUCCGCCCUCAUACCACUCCAACUCCGCCAUCACGUUAGACCAAGAGACGAGUGUCUCCACGCACUUGUCCUCCAGUGACUGUAACGGCUGGUCUGCGCUGCUCCCGUGCCGCCGCAGUGCGCCAGCAAACAGUAGUAGUGUGUCAAACUUAGUGAACUCGGGCUGCGGCCACUCGAUUUCUGGUCACACAAGAUGUUCACGGCACCCGAGUGGCGGUAGCAGUAGUGGAUCUGUCUCCAACAGUUUGGAUAGACCCCCGCCUGAGUACAGUGUUGUCAUGGCUAGUGAAGAGAUGGCGCCCCAUAGUGUUGACCUGCAGUCUGCACACAGACGGACAGACGGUCACUUAUGAUAGUGUAGCUGACUCAGGAGACGAAGAGCUGCAUUCACUACAACAAACUCAAGAUUUGAUUCGUAAAUGCAAGCGAAUUAUUGCAAGUACUGCCAGUGCUUUAGCUGUCAGUGUUCCAUUGGUCGCGGUAUUGUUGUUAUAAUAUACUUGAAUAUAUUGCCAUUGGAAUGCUUUAUAAAUGUGCUCAACUGUGCAA